ACUUCACUUCUACGCGACCCUGAAAUAAGCGGAGAUUUGUUGACGUAUGGAAACAGCUGAUCUGGAAAGCAAGCAAUUUCUUGAGUCUUGAACACUAUAAAAGAAGACAUUUCUCGUCAAAGAAGCGAAACAAAUGACAUAAAAAUGGUGAAUGCUGUAACAAGUUUCAUAGAUUCCCUGAUGGAAUUGCUGAGCUUAACCUCACAGAUGAUGUCUCUGGCAGUUCGCGUUUGGUCUUUAGGGAUCACACUCAUUCUGCAGCUGUUAGUGCUUCUUGUUGCUCUGCUUUGCAUUUGCUGGGGCCUUCUGAAAUGUUGUGUGUACACCCUGCGGCGAGGAGAACCAGGCUAUCUGCACGUUGCAUUCUUUCACCCCUAUUGCAAUGCUGGAGGAGGGGGUGAGAGGGUACUGUGGUGUGCCAUAAGGUCAAUACAGAGGAAGUACCAGCAUGUGAAGUGUUAUGUCUAUACAGGAGACAUAGAUGUAACUCCACAGGAAAUCUUACAGAAAGCACAGCAGAGAUUUGGUGUAGUCCUGCCGCGACCUGUGGAAUUCAUCUUCCUCCAAAGUCGGACGGUUGUGGAAGCAAGACACUAUCCAUUUCUGACUCUUCUGAUGCAGAGUGUUGGCUCAGUGAUGCUUGGUGGUGAAGCCCUGUUGAAAUUCAGGCCAGAUGUGUACUUUGACACCAUGGGUUAUGCUUUUACAUAUCCCAUCUUUCGUUAUGUUGGUGGCUGUGUUGUUGCCUCUUACACACAUUACCCAACAAUCAGCACAGACAUGUUAGGCCAGGUUGCAAACAGGGUUGAAGCUCACAAUAACAGAGGGUUCAUUGCAAGGAACACAAUAUUCAGUGCCAUGAAACUUGGAUAUUAUCAUCUCUUUGCCCUGAUGUAUGCACUAGUUGGUCGUUGUGCUCACCUUGUAAUGGUCAACUCUACGUGGACGCAUGGUCACAUCACAGCUCUUUGGGGCCAGGCCCAUCAUACACACAUUAUAUUCCCACCAUGUGAUACAGAACAUUUCAAAAGUUUGUCAUUGAUUCCUGAUGCCAGCAAGAAGCUGAAAACCAUUGUUUCCAUUGGCCAGUUUCGACCUGAGAAAGACCAUCCACUUCAACUUGAAUCUUUCCAGAAACUUUGUGAAAUUUUAGAUCCAGCAGAUCGGGAGAAUGUACGUCUUGUUCUUAUAGGCGGAUGUAGGAAUAAUGAGGAUCAGCAGCGAGUAGAUGACCUAAAGACCCUUGCUUCAGAACUGGGAGUUGCAGACAAAAUAGUUUGGAAGCUGAAUGCAUCCUUUUCAGAGCUCCUAGAGGCUGUACAGACAGGGACCAUAGGCCUGCACACCAUGUGGAACGAGCACUUUGGGAUUUGUGUAGUUGAGUGCAUGGCAGGUGGGUUGAUCAUGGUAGCACAUGAUUCUGGUGGACCAAAAAUGGAUAUUCUACUGGACUAUGAAGGCCAGAGGACAGGCUACACUGCAUCAGAAGCAGAGACAUAUGGGCAAGUGAUGAAAGGCAUUUUAGAAGCUAGUGAUGCAGAAAGGGAAGCUGUACGCACUGCAGCUAGAAGUUCGGUUGACAGAUUUAGUGAUGAGCAGUUUGAAACAUCUUUCCUUAGUGCCAGUGAAUUUAUUUUCUCAUCAACUGGUGUACGUCAAUAAGAGAUUUUUGUGUACUGUAAGCUUUUGUAUGUGUAAUUUAUAUGUUGAAAAUUUCAGUGCUGUUGGAUUUUUAUACUUGUCAAGGAUUUGUCAGGCUGCACCACAUUUCUUUAAAAAAAUUGAAUAUCAGAAUGUGUGAACAUGUGUUUGGUGUUCCUUUUCACUGAAUAUUCUAUUCCACAUGCUCUCUCUCUUUCUCACACACACACACACACACACACACACACACACACACACACACACACACACACACACACACACACACACACACACACACACACACACACACACACAGAGACAGACAGACAGACUGACUGACUGACUGACUGACUGACUGACUGACUGACUGACUGACUGACUGACUGACUGACUGACUGACUGACUGACUGACUGACUGACUGACUGACUGACUUACUUCAUCCUUUGCACUCCCAUAUGCACAGUCUGUCUAUAAAGAUUCAAUUGCUUCCUCAUAUUAGUCACCAGAAGUAAUUUACAUUUUCAGAAUUAACCAGUUCAUGCAUCUUUGUAUAUUAGUUAAUUUUUAAUAGUUCCUGCAUCUUUGUCUUUUAGUUAGUUUUUUUAUAAUUAGGUAGGUGACUGAAAAGUGCCUUAUGAGGAGUUAGAGAAUUAUCAUUUGUAUAAGUAGUUCCUUUUCCAAAUUAUGAGUUUGGUGCAAAGAAAGUUUUUUCUUCUUCAUUAUCUUUUCAAUUUUGUUCUUUCCUAUUGAUCUGCUUGUGGAGUUGAUCUCAUUAUUUUCUAUUUUUAUUGAUACUUUUCUUUGUUGAAAAUGAUCUAAUACUUUGGGUUAUAAUUAAGCCAUCCUGUCUACAUGCAAAUAGCAGACGUAUCUCUCACACACACACACACACACACACACACACACACACACACACACACACACACACACACACACACACACACACACACACACACACACACACACACACACACACACAC